AACACACAACUUCCUCUUGAAAGGGCAUACAUUAACACAUAGAUCUGUUUCACAAUGAAAAGUCAGCUUUAAAACAGUUGUGGAGGGGAUACUGCCUGGAUCUAUCGAUGAGCAGUCAAUGUCAGGGUGAAGACACGAUCCUGAAGACUGGACGACUCCAGACCAAAGAUCAGUAACACAUCAUAAGAUCUGCCAACAUAGGAUAUAUCCCAUCGAAGAGAGAUGUCCUGGCCAGUCCCAGCCUUGUUCUUGAGCCUAAUGAUGUUUGGUACUGCGUUUGCACAAGAAGUUGCAGGAUGUGGAAAUUGUUUUCAGCUCAAUACUGUAACCAUCAUUGGAAUUGUGAUCUGUGACGCCAUCAUAACCCUAGUGAUUGCAGGCAUGGCAUUCUGGAUAUCUACCAAGAUUCAAAAAAAGAAAUACCAGGAAAGACUGAGAAAACUGAAAACCCUUUCUCCAGUGAAUGAAUCCCCAUAUGAGGAGCUGCAUGGACAAAGGGUGGAAGUUUACAAUGAUCUAAAUUCAUUUCGCACUUGACUUUUGGACUCUUUUAAUAACCUAUUAAAACCUUCUCUGCUUAGAGACUAUUUCUUGGCACCGCUAUCACUUGCAUAGAAGAUCUUCCUUCAAAAUUUUAGACCUUGACAAUAUUCUUCUCAUUGAUAUAAAAAAAAUAUCAAGAGGUGUGAAAAACUAGAUGGUUCCAGCUCUCUCUAUAUGUAGCAUUAUUACUUCUGCUUUAUUCUCCAUCUUAGGUUUUUAUAAAGAAAGUUCUAUCAGGAAGGCAAGCCAAUAUCUUCUUCAUCAUAUAAUUUACCAUGGUAUUGGGCCUUGAGGACAUAUGUUCAUCAUUACUGUAAUUUAGACUAAAUGGGAGCGUUUUUUUGUUGUCAGAGGUGUAACUUGGUGUAACUUGGUGCUCUCAGACCAUAAUGGAAAAUUCAUAGCAGGCCACCUACCUACCGUGUGCAGUUUAUAAUAAUUGUUAUGCAGCAGAGGGGCUUUUGGUCCCUUUAGGUUCCAAGGGGUAGGUGUAAUUGCUAUUUAUGCCCCCUAAAGCUUCUGAACUUCUAAAAUGUCACUGGCCCUGGAAUCACUUGGACAGAAUGUUAUCUCAUGGUAUAUCAACCUAAGCAGAAGACAGUCGUAUAUUGGAUAGUAUGUGCAAUACAUGUAGUGAAGGAAUUGCUAACAUAGAUGGUGAUGGGGAAGUAUACAGAAUUAGGGAUCCAUUUAGAUUAAUUGAUAUUGAGAGGUUCACACUAUAUCGUGAUGGACACAGAGGGUUCACUACCUACUGGGUCACCCAGUCCCAGUAUACAGGGGAUUAAAAAUCAAGGAAAAUAUAGUAGGUACUCCUCUUACUGGUUUUGCAUGAAACUUAAAUUAAGUUUCAUGCAAAAUGAUUAAGUUUCAUGCAAAACCAGUAAGAGGAGUGCCUACUAUUUUUUCAUUGAUUAGAGACUUAUUUAUAGAUAUUCUAUGCACAUCUCCUCCCUUACUCAUCUCACAACCAAAACCACUUACCCCUCCACUCCACUUGUUCACCUCUUCCCUCAAGUCUCAAGACAACUGCUUUCUCUAAAGGGCUUGUGUGGGAUGAUUAAAGGUUUCAAAGAAGCCCCGGAGUGAUAUAAAAUAAAUAAUAUGGGUAUACUCACCACUUUCUGCAAUGCCAGUCUCUGCAUCGCCAGAGCGGUCCUCCUGCCACCGCAUGUUUAAAACUGCAGCGUGCUGGUAUACGGCACAUGAUGGCCACAGCCAAUUACUUUCUUCAAUGGCAAAUCUCUAAGGGCAGUGAUUGGCUGCAGUGCUCACGUGUCAUCAACGCUGUGCUAUGUAAACUUGUAACGUCAGGAGGACAAGAUUGGCAAAACAGAGAAUGUUCAGAUGACCAUUCCCCCAUUUUUUAUUUUACAACAUUUGGGCUAUUGUCUGAAAUUUUUUUAACUAUCUCCGAUGACCCAUUUAAGUGUCUACAUAGGGUAACCAAUGAAAUAAACCUUUAGCCCUUACAGUAAUAUGUACAGUUCCAACCUGUCCCCUUUGUAAUAUCCUGAUUCUGUCUUUUACCAUCACUUUGUACAAAACCAUCAUCUCUUCUCCUUUUUGCACCUCUUCGUCUCCUCUGUUCCCCAUACUUUUGCUAUCCUCCCUCUGAAUUCUCUCGACUUCUCCUCUAUUUUCCUCAUCUUUUCUCCUUUUCCUCUCUGUUCUUAUAUUCUCCUUUCAUCUUCUCUCCUGUGUCUCACCUCCCCUAUCUCCUUUCCUCCUCUUCUCUUUUUUUUUUAUCUUCUCUCCUCUCUUCUAUAGUCUUUCCACUCUUCUCUUUUCUCCUGUUUCUCACCUCCCCUCUCUCUUCUCCGACUCCUCCUUUCCUCUUCUUUUAUCUUCUCUCCUCUCUUUUCUCCUGUUUCUCGCUUCCCCUCUCUUCUCUCCCUCUUCUCUUCUUUUACCUUCUGCCCUCUCUUGUAUCUUCUCUCUUCGCUCCUGUUUCUCACCUCCCGUCCCUCCUCUCCUCUUUUAUUUUCUCUCCAGUUUUUCCCCUCUCUUCUCUCCUUAUCCUCCUUUUCUCUUCUUUCCUCUUCUGUCCUCUCUUCUAUCUUCUCUUUUCCCUCCUGUUUCUCACCUCCCCUCUCUCCUCUCCUCUUUACUUUUUUUUUUAUCUUUUAUCCUCUCUUCUCUCCUGUCUAUCACCCCUCUUCUAUCCUUUCCUCUCAUUUUAUCUUCUUUCCUCUCUUCUCUCCUGUUUCUCACCUCACCUCUUUCUUAUAUUCUGCCCUCUCUCCUCUCCUACUCCUCCUUGCCUCUUCUCUUUUCUUCUUUUAUCUUCUCGCCUCUCUUCUAUAUUUUCUCAUGUCUUCUGCUCACCAAUAUUUAUGUCUCUCUUCACAUCUAGCUCUUUUCUCUCCUCACUUUCAUCUCGAUGACUUUCCCUAUGCCUCUCCCCCCUUCCUGAAUUUCACACCACAGGUCAUUCAACACUCUUUUAGCCUUCAUGCCUUAAAAAGAUUGUACAGAUUAGGAAUUAUGGCUGCUUUUCUCCAAAAACAGCAAUGUUCCUUCCCACAGGUUGUUUGUGGUAUUAGAGCUUGUCUCUAUUUACUUUCAAGGAGCAGAGCUGCAAUGGCAUAUCCAGUCUAUGGUCAGUGGUGGUGCCUUUUCUAGUAGAAGACAUCAAUGUUUUUCUAAUCCUGCUUAAAAUGUGGUUAAAAACCUUUCUAAGUUAUGUCUCCCAAUUAUUAUCUAAGAAUAUAAACUUCACAAAGCUUGCCCUUGAUACCUAUAUUGGCACCAUCACCUCCAAAAGUGCAACUUUCACUCCCCAACCUAUUAUCUCCAUUCCCAACACCCAUUUGUUAUCAACUCAUAUGAACCAGUCUCUUCUAUUGUAUUUUGUUAAUGUUAUAUCUGAUGCUUUGAUAACUUUAUAUUCUUGUACAGAUCUUCAGAUAUCACUAUAUAUUAAAAAGAACUGUAAGACAUGA